AUGUAUUUUCUUUUGCCCAUUGUUUUUAAAUUAAUUUAUUUUGUCUUUUUUCUGUUCUUAGAAGCAAAAGUCUACGUUGGUAAUCUUGGUACUGGUGCUGGCAAAGGAGAGUUGGAGAGAGCGUUCAGUUAUUAUGGUCCUCUGCGUACAGUUUGGAUUGCAAGAAACCCUCCAGGAUUUGCUUUUGUUGAAUUUGAAGAUACACGAGAUGCUGAAGAUGCAGUGCGUGGCUUAGAUGGAAAGGUCAUCUGUGGCUCAAGAGUUAGGGUAGAACUGUCAACUGGCAUGCCACGUCGUUCCCGCUAUGACAGACCACCAGCACGGAGGCCCUUUGAUCCCAGUGACAGGUGUUAUGAAUGUGGUGAAAAGGGGCACUAUGCAUACGAUUGUCAAAGAUACAGCAGGCGCAGGAGGAGCAGGUCUAGAUCCCGCUCUCACUCAAGAUCUCGGGGAAGAAGAUAUUCCCGAUCACGCAGCAGAAGCCGUGGCAGGAGGUCCAGGUCUGGCUCUCCCCGGCGAUCAAGAUCUGUUUCACCACGUAGGUCAAGAUCUGGAAGUCCACGCAGAUCUCGAUCUCCUUCUGUUAAAAGAUCUCGGUACGUAACACUCAGAUCUAGGUCAAGGUCCAGAUCCAGGUCUGUCUCACGCCCCAGAAGCAGUAGGUCAAAGUCAAGAUCUGCUUCUCCAAAAGGAGCAAGGUAA